UAAGGCAGCAGCAACACACGCACACACACAUACCACGUACAGUUUUGGCAGACCGACUUUUGACUUUAAACAAUGCAGAAGACUUCUGAAAAGUUGAAAACUGCAUCUUUAGGCACGGGACUGACUGGGGCAGCAGCUGUGCGCCCACGGAUCGGGGUUCAUGUGUUGGUUGCCCUGCAUUCCUAAGGAAGGUCGCCUGAAGAGCUCGGAGAAGACACGAACAGCCGGACUGCGUUGCCAAUAAGGGAAAUUCAUUCAUCUUUAAUGAAUAUUGCAUUAACCACCGCUGGGAUAUUAUUUUAACUCUCUUUUUAGGCCAGAUUUAAAGCUUAAGGCGCCACUGGUUGCAGUUUGGAACCUACUUUUGGAGUCGUUGGCUGUGUUUUACGCACGGGAUUUUCUCAACAAAUGACCACCUGUGAUUGCUCCUCAACUGUCUUCCUUCAUCCUCUCAGGUCUUUUUUCCACUCUGACCCAAAUCAUCAUCAUCACCAUCAUCCGCUACACCGGCUUUGACGCAGGAGACUAAAAGGCGUCCCUCCGUGCAUCCAAACGCACCGGCGUGUGGCUGAGAAUGCGUGAAGGAGGUUUCCCGAUGUCCGUCUCCGUGGUUAUGACUCUGCUCUUGGUCGUUAUAGACGUGAAGGCCAGCGGGGAAUACUGUCACGGGUGGCGGGACUCGCAGGGGACGUGGAAAGACGGGUUCCAGUGCCCGGAGAAGAUCGACGGGGAGGACGCGAUCAUCUGCUGCGGGAAGUGCGAGCUGCGAUACUGCUGCGCCAGCACGGACGCGCGGCUGGAUCAGGGCAGCUGCGAGAACGACAAGCAAGCUGAGGUACCGGGAACGGAGAGCAAAGAGGACAAGGACUCCCGUGCAGUGCCGAUCUACGUGCCCUUCCUGAUCGUGGGAUCUGUGUUUGUGGCCUUCAUCCUGGUGGGCUCUGUGGUCGCCGUGUGCUGCUGCCGCUGCCUCCGGCCGAAGCAGGAGCUCUCCUCAGCUGGCGCCUCAGGAAGCGGAAGCACCGGCGGCCGCCUCCUGGAAACCAUCCCCAUGAUGGCGAGCAGCUCCAGGGGCUCGUCGUCCCGGCAGUCCAGCACGGCCACCUCGUCCAGCUCUUCGGCUCCGCCCGCCGGGGCCCGCGCCGGUCCCGGUCCCGCUCCUCGGAUGCGGGCUCAGGCCUCCUGCUGUCUGCCCCCAGACGCCAGCGUCUUCGUCAACAUGCCCACCAACUUCUCAGUUCUCAACUGCCAGCAGGCCACCCAGAUCAUGUCCCACCAGUCACAGUUCAUGCACCCACAGUACAUCGGCUACGCCCACCCUGUGUCCCCUACGGCGGCCUUUUUAGACCACAGUCAGGGGCCAUACAGACCUCUCCAGUCCCCCUGUCCUCCUCCAACAGCAGGAUCCAGCGCCACCAGUGACAACAAAGGCCCUCCAGUAACAGUGUGAUGAGGAUGGAGGUGAGGGGGGAGGGUGGCUUACUUGCAGACCACUCUGGAUCUUGUUGGAGCAUGGACGUCUGGGCUCACUUCCAAAGUGGAGAAAACAACAAAAAGAAAAGAAAAGAAAUCAAGGAGUCCGGACUCACAUGAAGGACUUUUUAAGCUGUUCCCAGUCUGGACCUGCCCUGCUAUUGUGUGUUGGCGUUUCAUAUGAUCUCUUGGCAAAGUGUCACCGAGCUAAGCUCAACCCGUGAUGGGGGUUUAUGGAUCCAUAAACAAUUCUCCGCAAAACUGAAUGUUUUAGGGUUUACCACGGGCCAGGUGGAUAACGACGCACAGUUCAAUGCAGUACAACACGCAGCUCAAAUCGGACCUGCCUGCGUUUCUAUGCACACGGGCCUGUGUGCAAAAGUGUGAAAAGAGAUUUGCUGGCUUAUAUGUGCAGGAAUGAGUGACGACUGUUUGAUUUAUAGCAUGAAAAAUGGAUCUCUGAGCAGAAGAGAACAAGACCACAUGUUUUGUUUAAGGCACCGUGCACAUCUGUGGCCGCGAAUAAAUGCGAGUGAGUUUACACAAUA